GAUAAGAAUAAAAGUUUGUACAUCUAACAAACUACGAUACAUUGUUAAUGUCUUUUCCCCUGUAGACUUUUUGCUAUAAAUACGCAUGCAUUGCAUGACAUUCCAAGCAAGACGGGAGAAAUAAGAGAGAGAGAGUAGAGAGGUUGUGUCAUUUUCUAUAGAGAUAUCUUCUCAUGGAGCUCCAAGUCUUAUCAUUCCCAAUCCUUCUCUCCUUCUUGCUGUUUAUGUUAAUGGUACUGAAAAAAUUAGGGAAGAGAUUCAAAACCCACCGCACUUUAAGUCUACCUCCAGGGCCAUGGCAGCUACCCAUCUUUGGAAACAUGCACAACUUUUCUGCAGGGUGUCCACCUCAUCGUGCCUUGGGAGAGCUGUCCAAGAAACAUGGACCGUUGAUGCUGCUUCGCCUUGGAGAAGUUUCCACUCUUGUGGUUUCUUCUGCUGAGUACGCGAAAGAGGUGAUGAAAACCCAUGACGCAAACUUCGCGUCAAGACCCAGUGUUCUUUCCUCAAAGAUCUUGUCGUAUGAUUGUACAAGCAUUGGGUUUGCACCCGUGGGCAAUUACUGGAGAAAGCUACGAAAAAUUUGUGCUCUAGAGCUUUUGAGCCAAAAACGUGUUGAAUCUUACCGAGCACUUCGAGAAGAAGAGCUAUCAAAUUUCGUCAAAUGGAUUGCUUCACAAGCUGGAUCUCCUGUCAAUCUUUCCAGCAAAGUGUUUUCAACAGUGUAUGGGAUUACUUCAAGGGCGGCCUUUGGUAAGAAAUGCCAAGACCAAGAACUAUUCAUACAAAUUGUGAAGGAUGUUAUCGCGUUCGCAUCAGGUUUCAAUAUGGCAGAUUUCUUUCCUUCUAUUAAACUGCUUCAUGUGAUCAGUGGGGUGAGGCCUACACUUGAGAAAAUGCACAAGGAAACUGAUAGGAUUAUGGAAAAAAUCAUCAGCGAGCAUAAGGCAAAAGCUUCAGGAGGAGAGGCUGCAACAGAAGAAGAUUUGGUAGAUGUUCUCCUAAAAUUUCACGAGGACGCGAUCGGUACUGACAGUGAGUUUUCCUUAACUAACGACAACAUCAAGGCUGUAAUCCUGGACAUUUUUUCUGCUGGGAGUGAGACAUCAUCCAUAACCAUAAUCUGGGCAAUGUCAGAAAUGAUGAGAAAUCCAGAAGUGAUGAAGAAGGCACAAGCUGAGGUGAGGGAAGUGUUUGAUAGAAAAGGGAGGGUUGACGAAACAGCCAUUAAUGAAAUGAAAUAUUUGAAGUUACUUGUGAAGGAGACUCUGCGAGCACGCCCUCCGGCUGCUACUUUACUUCCUAGAGAAUCUAGAGAGAGGUGUGAAAUUGAUGGGUAUGAAAUUCCUGCAAAAGCUAAAGUCAUUGUUAAUGCAUGGGCGAUUUCAAGAGAUCCAAAAUAUUGGACUGAACCAGAGAGAUUUAUGCCAGAGAGAUUCCUUGAGAGCUCUCUUGACUAUCAGGGGACUAGUUUCAAUUAUCUCCCAUUUGGAGCUGGAAGGAGGAUAUGCCCAGGCAUAACAUUUGGCCUUUUCAUUGUUGAGUACACAAUUGCUCUGCUUUUGUACCAUUUUGAUUGGACUCUUCCCGAUGGAAUGAAGCCUCAAGAUCUGGACAUGACUGAGACUGUCGGCGCUACAGUUGGAAAAAAGGAAGAUCUGUUCUUGAUUCCAACACUUCAUGAUAAUCCCUUGCCGGUUGAAUAAGCUCCAGCAUGAGUCUUCUGAUAGAUAUAGUUUAUAUAGAUUAACUAGUUGGAAUAAGAUCUCAACUUUGUAUCUGUAUUGGGUUAAGAACUAUAUAUCUAACGCCGUGACGGCCAUGUUACAUCUUUCCCAUUA